GGCACACCUCAUUGCUUUUUGUCUCUUUCAAUCCCUCAACUACCUUCCAAACUCUCAUGGAAAGAUAUAUACCCACAAACCUCCAAAUUGCAUUACCCCAAAACCAGAACUUGCUUAGCCCCUUCCUCUCUUAUCUCUCCCACUCUCACCUCUCUUCUUCCUCUCUCACACCCAUGAACAUCACAUAACCACAUUCAAGAACCCAAGAAGCACCAGCCAAGCCCCCCUCCUCAGAAUAUGGACUGGUUCUCCUGGCUAUCCAAGGGCAGCCUCGACCCGUCCCUCGUCUAUGAGUACGGCCGGGCGUUCGGGCUCAACGAGCUCCAGGAGGAGGAUAUCAGCUACUUCGACCAUGAGUUCCUCCAGAGCAUGGGCAUAUCUGUGGCCAAGCACAGGCUGGAGAUCCUCAAGCUUGCCAAGAAGGAGCGUGGGGGUCCUAGGCCAAUCUCCGGCCUCGUUAUGGCGCUCAACAGGACCAAGACGUCCGUUGGUAAGUACAUUAGCAAGCUUGUUUUCCAUGAUCAAGAGAGGGAUGUGAGGGCCUCACCAGAGCCCAACAGGUACAGAGACCAGUGGAGAGGUGCACUGUUGUCAAAGAAGCACAAGAGUGAGAAGGAGGAGGUGAAAGAAAAGACAAUUGUGCACCAGGACAGGAGGAACAUGGCACUGUCUGGGCCUUUGGUGGAUGGAAGGGUGCAGGACAAGUAUCUGCUGGCCCACAAGAGCCAGAAGUUUUCUGGGCCCUUGGACAACAGGGCCCACCAGAAGCCAGUGUUCGCGCCGCCGAGGUGCCCGAGCCCGAAGUUCUCGUCCGGGCCUCUGGACAGAAGGGUCCAUGAGAAGGCAUACCCGAUGAGGAGCCCGAAAUUGACCGGGCCUCUCGAUGGCAGGGUUCAAGAGAGGUUCACAGUCCCGAGGAGCCCGAAACUGUCCGGGCCUCUCGAGAGGACAGCUCAUAGCCCAAAGCGGUUAUGGAGUGAUCCCAACAAGGUGAAGAUGGAUGCAUACGAGUACGAUGAGCAAUCACUGUGGACGAAGCUGUUCAAUGACAUGAAACCUACUUGA